AUGUCGCUUAAAGGAAAGGUCUUCCUGGUAACAGGCAGCACCAAAGGCAUCGGUAAAGCCGUAGUCGAGCGUGUUGCGGCCGACGGCGCCAGCGUUGUCAUCAAUUACUCGAGCAACAGUGCACCCGCAGACGAACUUGUCAGAAAGAUAGGCUCUGGCAGAGCUCUCGCUGUUCAAGCUGACGUAUCAAGCAUACCUGAGAUUGAAAAACUUGUGCAAGCAACUGUGGAGAAAUUUGGCCGGAUUGACUGUCUCAUGGCUAAUGCUGCGUGUGCUCCCAUGAACGACCUUGAAAGCACAACGGAAGAGGCUUUUGACAAGUCUUUCAAUCUCAACGUCAAAGGUCCCUACUUCCUUGUCCAAAAAGCCGUCCCACAUAUGCCGCGUGGUGGACGAGUCAUUCUGGUCUCCAGCGGUGUUGUACAUCAAUCCCAAGUCGCACCUCGAUAUCUCCUCUACGCAUCCACAAAGGGUUCCGUCGAACAGAUGACACGAAUCUUGGCCAAGGACUUGGGACCCAGAGGCAUCACUGUUAACGCCAUCGCCCCCGGUCCCACCGCAACAGAAAUGUUCUUCCAGGGAAAGUCGCAAGAGCUUAUAGACACGAUUGCUGGGUUUAGUCCCCUCGGGCGACUGGGUAAGCCGGAGGAGAUUGCUGAGGUGGCGGCGUUCUUGGCAGGGCCAGGUAGUUCGUGGGUUUCUGGACAGGUCAUCGGAGCCAAUGGAGGAUCAUUUGUUUGA